AUGCGGCCCAUCUCUUCCACUAAAACAUCUGAAGAUUAUGGCCUGUCCAAGUUAAGUUCCCUCACUAUAAACGAUUCAAAUUUAGUUUCACUUAAAGCCUCUGAUGGGAACGUAUUGAGGCUUAAGAAUGUUCCUAUGCUUGUUGACGUAUUAGUAGCUGAAAGGUCUCCUGGUUUGGUUAUCGGUGUUAUUUCCUGGCUCUCCUGCCUCUUGGCAUCACCCAACUUGGAAAAGUUCAUACUGGACUUGGAUUGGAGGUAUCUUAGAUUUAGAUGGGGUAGAAAACACAAGAGAGGUGUAAACUUUCCUCUUGAACAGCUUAGAGAAGUUGAAUUACAUGGAUAUUGCGGUCGAAUAGCUGAAGUUGAACUUGUUGAGUACUUGUUAGAAAAUGCUAUUGCCCUUCAGAGAAUUGUUGUCGACCCUCGUCAUCAGCCAUUCUGUCGAGGUGUUGUUGCUGCCCGUGACAAACCUAAGGAGCAGGGAAAUGCUAGAAAUUUUGCCAAAGAUCAGUUGGAGAAACUAGUGCCUUCACAUGUUGAGUUGGUGAUUCUUUAG